AUGGGUUUGGAAGGAGAGACUCUGACUCUCUCCUGUAACUAUUCAGGUUCUGUAAAUUAUCUCUUCUGGUACCGACAGAGUUCAGGUUCAUCUCCACAGCUCAUCAUCUCAGGAUUUUCAGAUCAAACUGGAGAAAAGUUUUCUUUCAAACACAAAAACAAACAAAAGGAGUUUGAUCUGCAGAUCUCCUCUGCUGCAGUGACAGACUCUGCUGUGUACUACUGUGCUCUGCAGCCCACAGUGACAGGAAACAGCACAACUCUGUACAAAAACCUCUGGAGCAAAGACAACACAAAACUCCACAACAUCCACCAGAGGGACUCACACACUGUUUCACGUGUCAGCUGUGAAAAACUGUCUGCAGAGGAGAAGGAAGUGUCCACUUUAGAAGGCAGCUCUGUUACUCUGUCCUACAAUUAUCCCAAGCUGACAACUAGUAAUUAUUUCUUCUGGUAUCGACUAUAUCCAGGAAAACCACCAGAGUUCCUGAUCUCUCACUCAGCAUCAGGAUUAACUGGAACAGAAAAAGUCGGAUGA